AAUCACGUGGCUUCAAUAUGCCUCAGGCAGCGACCGGUUUCGUAAAGCAACUUUGGCGUCAUAUCGUGGCAUAAUAUAUUUUUUUGUAUCCUUUUUACUAAAAUCAUAAAUUUGCCCUCUCAGUUCUGAUUUUGUCAUGCUUGCUUGUCAGAGAAAUUCGUGUUACAGUAUCGUAAAAUCAUGAAGGUCUAUUUCGUAGCAACCCAUGGUUCAGAUCGGUUCCUUCAGAACCACUGGACAAUAGACCCUCGUCAUUGCCAACUACUUCAAUGUCUAUUUAUUACCACAAAGCGCGUGGUUUUCGGACAUAUAACCAAGACACUAAGCCCUUGAUCUCAAUGCUCCCGUUAUCCAUAGGCUGGAAUCUAUUCACAUCUGGCGAGUUCGUCAUUUAUAGAAGCAAAGCGCCACCGUUCCUUGCUUGAUGGCCAUUUUUUCCAGUUAAACGCCCACAAUUAUGUCCAGAAAGAUCAUUUUUCUCAUGGGAGCCCCCACGAUGCGAAGCCUCCAAUGGAACGAAGAGGAGCUUCUCACAGCACCCGUCUCUCCGUUUCAGAGUUCGGAUAUUCACAAUGGAGAAGAUUUGCUUUUCACAGAUCCCAACCCUGUAAAAUGGAGGCUAUUACAGGAUGAGAGAUUUGUGGAGGCACCUGACGAAAACCCAGGACUAGGCAUAGAUAGAGGCACUCACUUCUUUACAACUCAAGAUCUUGUGGCGCCUAGCAGCUUAUCAACUGCCCCAGAAGAUUCAACUCUCACCCAGUUCUACGACCAUUCUUUCACUGUGCAUGAGACAUCUGAGAUUACUGCCCCGGGCGUCCAUCUCGGGGAUUCUGCGAAAGAAAGUGACAUAGGGGCCGACAGCACAGGGACGUCUAUUGCAACAGAAGAAUCCCUUGGGUUGGAGUCGCCCGUCCAAGGAGGUAUUACAGAUCUUCAAAACAUUCCGAGCGCUGCAUACCUGACAUCUAUUGUGCCCCAAACUAUGACGGUGAAUCUCAUCGUCGGAAUUGCUACAAUUCGACCACCGCGUCGCAUUGUGACGCGGCGAUGGAAGAACGAACUAGAUCUUGUCGAAAUAGUAGUGGGAGAUGACACAAGAAGCGGAUUCGGAGUUACGUUCUGGCUCCCCCCCGUGGAAAAAAGGAUCGCCCUAGGUCACCAUGACGAGAGCCAUGAGCUUCGCAAAAUGCUGGAGACUUUACGGCCGCGAGACAUUGUUUUGUUGCGCAUGGUAGGAUUGAGCUCCUUCCGGGAACGGGUUUACGGACAGAGUCUCAGGAAAGGGAUCACCAAAGUCGAUCUACUCCAUCGACAGAGGGUCGACGUAACAGAUGCGGGUGGUAUGUACAGUGCAAGGAGUCUCAUGAACCAUGAUACGACAGCCAAGAACGAUGAACUACUGCGAGUCAAAGCAAGAAAGGUGCGCGAGUGGAUCAGACGUUUCGUGAGCACCACGACGGAUUUAGCAGGCGGUGAUGCAAGGGAGCCCACGCAACGUGGGCCGAGUUUACCUCCAGAUACGCCAGAGGAUUCGUCGAGGUUAUAAUUAGAACAACUCUGUAGGAGGAGGUAUGUCU